CGCCAUGGUACCCUCAUACGAUUCCUGGUCGCAGUCGCCGACAUCAACACCAGCUGCCCUGAAAGAGUCGCAACGGCUACCACAGCCCUCAUCGUCGUACCAUGAUUCCAAGGACAAGCCCAAGAAGCCCCGCCAUCGGCAUUCCGCAUACCAACUUGCUGCACUCAACGAGCUGUACGAAAGAGACGAGCACCCGGCGCUCGAGGAACGAACGUCGCUGGCAGAGCAGCUAGGCAUGGAGGUCAAGACGGUCAACGCUUGGUUCCAGAACAAGCGAGCUUCGACCAAGAAACGGUCAACAAAGGCUGGCGGUGCCAUCAACAGCUCCAAUAGCAGAGAAAACAAUGCACAGUGCGAAUUGCCUCCCAUCUCGACGCUGCUUGCUUCAGUUGCACCGCCAAGCGCGCAUCCAAGUGCCCACUUUGAGUACGAUGAACUCUCUGAGGAUGACUACUCGGAUAGGCUACCGCACUUGGUUCACCACCGACAGCAAUCGGCGUUCUACGCAGGUAACCCUCGGCAUCGCCAUCUAUUUGACUCAGAGACAAGCAUGCCUCGGAAAGGCCGCUCACGCCCUUCUGCCGCCCAAACUGAGGAGCUUCGGAAACUCUACGAUGCGAAUCAGCACCCUUCAAAGGAGGAAAGAGAAGAGCUCGGACUUCGAAUUGGAAUGCGCUAUCAAAGCGUAACCAACUGGUUUCAGAACCAACGUAGCAUUGCGAAAAAGCGUAAGGAGGACGAGGAAGCUGCCGCUGCGUCUGGGACGCCAAGCGCGUCGUCGUCGAGAGGACAUACCUUUUCGUCUUUCCCGCCGUCUUCCAGUGUUGCGCACCCGUCCCUUGCGGUCCCACCCACUAAGGGUCAUCCUUCCCUGCCUAGUAUCCCUCUGCCGCCCAGGGCAAGGCGCUCGCCUAGUACAGUCUCUCUCAUGGACAGCCGAGCUUCGUCGCCCCGUCCUAGCCCCUACAGCGCAGUGAUGACUGAGCGCGCCUCCUCAGUCAGCAGUCGCUCUCGCCGUACUCGGCCCGAGCCGUACCAACUUGAAGCGCUCAAGAAACUCUUCCAGCGGACAGCGACGCCCUCUAUCGAGGAGCGCGGUGCACUUGCUCUCGAGAUCAACAUGGAUGUCGGCAAGGUCACGAACUGGUUCAGGAAUCUGCGACAGUCUUCGCGCAAACGGUCGAAGCAGGUUUCUGGCUCUGAGGAGGACGACGAUGUGUCGAGCUACAACGACCCCUCUAGGAAUGUCUCAAGAGAAGGCUCGCCGAUCUCUGUGGAUCCUUCUGAGGACUACAUGGUGACGGACAGAGCCUUCGCUCGUGAGAGGUUCCGGCCCAAGCUGCACACCGAAGAUUCUCGCAACCGGAUGUACACGCACGCGUCUAACUCUCGAUCAUCAGACAUGGCCAGCGAGGAAGAUUUCCAGGAGGCGGUCACUCCAUCCCCACUAUCCUCGCCAUAUCCCGCCGUGCCCGUGGGCGCGUCGCAGUCUCAGAAACUGGCCGACUACGUUUCGCCAGCUCGCCGAGAUAUCUCGGUCGCGGUCGGCGCGCUGUCUUUCGCCGAUAUCGAGAAGACCACAGGCGUCAAGGUCGACGACGCCAUCCUGCUGCUUAACUUCUCGAAUAGCGUCGUGCGGUAAUCACCAAAAGUAAAUGUGUGUAUCACCCCGACACUUGUCUCACUGCGGUUGGAUCUGACAGCUCCAUGAUCGUCAUCCAGACCUCGUUAUAAUCAAGCUUCUUGAUGAACGUGCAGUGAUCUCCAUUACCGUAACGCCCAUGCGCAAACACGCAUUAUACGUCCGCUUCGUUGUCUCGCCCUGCCGGCCCUUCACCGCUACAAGCUACACGUGCCUUGUCGCCUGCCCGGCCGCCACUAUAUUUAUGCUCGGUCUCGCCUCCCCGCCUGCCUGUCCCAUGCCCAUCCCACCCUGCUAUGCACAGUAUCCUUAUUAUGUAUAUCUCGAACACUGCUUCCCUCCAUCCACAAACGCCCUGUGCUUCUCCCCAAUCCUUGUCUUCCCUGCAUUGUUCAGACCGUCCUGCAUGUGCUCCGCUUCACCACUCCCAACAUUUUACGCGACAGCGCCGGUUAUAAACUAGUCACACCUCCUUUUCGAACGGUAUUCAAUCGAUCGGCAUUGAGUUUUCUGGCUUCUUCGGUACUAUAAUCCUUUUCUUUUUUUUUCCCGCAACGCAUUACCCCGUCG